AUGUACCACGUGAAGCUCUCCCUCCCCGACGCCGCCAACCGCUUCCGGCCGCCGCCGGAAGUGCGGCCGCCGCCGUCUAUGUCCCUCGAGGCCGCACGGGGGCGUCGCGUUCCAUUUCUUCUCUCUCCCGGAAGUGUCCAGAACGGAAGUGGCCCCCGAGCGGCGGCUGUUUUACGGGAAGUGACGGCCCGCCGCGCCCCUCCCGCCGCGGCCGUUGUUCGCAGCCGGCUCUGCGCUCGCCCCCGCGGCUGCGGCCCGCCCCGCCAUGUCCCGCUGCCCGCCGGGGGCCCCGCGGAGCCGAGAGGAGCGGUCGGGCAGCGCAGCGCAGUUGCUAUUUUGAAUCUAGAAGAGGGUUUAUCUAAGAAAAGAAAAACAAAAUCUUCACUGCCAGACAGUGGAAAGAGAAGGAGAACAUCAGUCAAGUCAGCCACAAGCUCAAGUACAGAAGACAGCAGCCCAAGUUCUAUCACACAUAACAGAAGUGUUUCUCCUCCACCUGCCUUAUCGCAGCAAAGUAUUUCCACAGACUUCAUAUCCUCAACAGAUGCUGAGCGAGAGCCGAGUUCCCAAAAUAGCGACGUUACAGACUCAGAUAUUCCAGUGUUAGUGUCCUGUGAAGACCAUGCUUCACUUUUUGAAGGUUCUUUCAGAAACGAUACUUUCCCUUUGACUCCACCAGACCUGGAUGAAACGAUCCGGGAUGAAAAGAUAAAACGACUCAAACAGCUCUUGAGAGAGAGGGAAGCAGCACUUGAAGAGAUGCGUAAGAAAAAUGCAGCAAAUCUGAAGUACUGAAGGUGGUAGAGGUCUGAACUGUGUUCAUCUUCAUCUCAGUGACUUGAAGAAGAAAUGUUGUGUUUGAAUGAAGGUGAAUAUUUCUGGAAAACAGAGGACCUUAAGGGAAUUUAUGAUGUGUAUUUAGAAAAAUAAUUUCCUUAUUAAAGACUGGAAAUAAAAGACUUGGACCACCAGAUUCUCCUUCUGGGACAUGUGUGCGUACCAGAGAAUACAGAAGAGAGGUGUUUUUACUAUUUUUAGGUUAUCCUCUGUAUUGUGCAUUAAAGAGGUUUCUCUAUUAGUCCUAGAAAAUAAACUUUCCCAGUUUGGAAAUUCGUAGCCCAUCUGUUAGAGACAGAGUGCAAAUAGCAACCCCUCCUUGUAAAUAUAUAUAUUUUUUGUUUUCUUAAUAUUUUAUAAUGCAUGACAGCUUUUGUGAAUUACUAGGAACUCCUACUUGUCAUAAAAGGUCCAUGGUCAGUGUUUAAUAAAUGCUAUUUAAGAGGUUUGGGGAUUGGUCUUCAGGCAGUAAUGAUGCUGAUAUCCAGUGGAACCAGUACUAACAGCUGCUGAAGUGUACCAGUAAAGUUAUUGAGGUACGUGUUUCCUGCAGUUAUUGUUGUAAGCCUUUAUAAGGCCUUUGACAGAUGUGCAAUGUUGAAGUUUGGUUGUGGGAUUAUUUGGUGGUUGGGUAGGGUGGGUUGUUUGGUUUUUUUAAUGAGUUAAGCCGAAUCAUUCCUUAUUUAAGCAAAAAAGAUACAUUUAUUUGUGAGUGGUAUCUUUAAUAAUUCAUGAUGAAUGUCUCUUCAGUUAACUCGUUCAGCCUUUAUUUGAAUCUGUCUCCUUCAUUUGAUGCUGCCUACGUUUUGCACCGUAGGAGAGAAAAGACCACUGAAGCUGUCUUUGCCAUCAUGAUUUUUAUAGCUCUUCAGUGUUUCCCCAGCAUGUUAUGUCAGGUGUUGUGUGGAGGCCUUCUGCUCCUCUCUGUUGUCCAUGUCACAGAAUGAGCUAGGUUGGAAGAGACUUUCAAGAUCAUCACGUCCAACCAUCAGCCUGACCAGGUCCCAUCACUAGCCCGUGUCCCUUUGUGCCACAUUAAAUGUUGUCACAUCACUGAA